AUGGCUACGUUCCCCGUCCUACAACAGCCUGCCGCAGCUACGGCUGGGCCCUCAAGGUCGACUUCAAAGCGGACGGAUGACUACGGUCUGCUCAUAUACGAUCGAUAUACCAAUAUCUUCGAAGCAGUACCCCCUUCUCAGAUCCCAGAGAAUAGUGUUCGCAUCGGGCCCGAUGAAGUCCCCUUCCUGGUCGAGGCGCCCUUGAACUCGGUGGAGCUCUACGAGGCCCUCCUAAAGCCCAUCCGACCCUUUGAGGUGCAUACGGCACGUCUCAUCCCGCGCAAAACGCGCGCCUACGAGCCGAAGCGCCAGCUUGUCGACGAGUACCUCACCGGUCAGGGGAGGCUCGCACCCAAGGGCCCCGCCGCCGAGCGCGAGGUGUCUUUCAUCGUGCUGCCUAGGGAUACGAUCUGGCAGCUGCAGAUGUUCAACCACUUCCUAUGGCCGGUGCAGCUACAGUACAUGUCCAUCCCCGUACGCAUGUCUGAGCAGAAGGUCGUGAGAAGUCCCUACGCUCUCGUCUGUUACCAGGCACACAGGGUCUAUCACAAGAAGCUGAAGGCAUUGCUGAGGGACUACAAGCUGAGCGACUGCGAUUUCCAGAGGAGCUUGCUACGGCCUGGCACGUCCCCGCUGCCCGAGACUCUGCGCGAGUAUAUGGAUGGGGAGCCGGGCAAGGACGCGGCCAUACCGUAUUACAGGCCCGAGGCUGGGGCAAGCCAGGAGGAACGGCCAUCGAGGCUGCGCAAGGUCACCUCCACCAUGUCGUUGAGGAGGGCGGUGAGCAGAGUGUCUCUGCGGAGGAGCCAGUCCGUCGCGUCGAUUGCGAGUCGCGGGUGA